AUGCGUCUUCAACAAGCGUUACUGGGGCCCCUUCUCGUUUCCUUUGCCUUUGCGCAGGACCUGGGUGUCCCACUAUCAUGGAGGAAAUUCAGCAACUCCCGUCCCCGUUCCGAGCGGAUUACCAUCGCGCAAAAUGCUAUCAACGCGAUCGUUCCCCAGCUUGACUCCUCGAAUGGAGAAUUCAACAGCAUUGGAUAUUGGCAAUCAGGCAAUGUGUAUUCCGCUGCCGCCAACCAAGACAAAUCCGCUGGGACGACAACCAAUCGGGCGUUCGUGAUCAACAAUCUCAACCUUGUCUACAGCAAAUAUGCGCAUUAUGACAAAUAUGGGGUGUGUUUGAGCAUCUUGCGCUACGGCAUACGUAUGUUCUUUGAACGCUUAUUCAGUAUAACGAUGACGCGAUGUGGUGGGCACAAUCGGCGCUCUAUGCAUACCGCGCCUACAAUAAAUAUGCUUGCACAUGCGGUCGAUGUUUGGACCCAUGUUACCGGCUAUGUCGUUACCCAGGCCCAAGCCAACUCUGGCAGGAACCCUUUGAAGACAGUUACCAUCCAGUCAACCUGCAAUGGAAAGACGAUGGCGGGAGGCGUUUUCUGGACUACCAGGGCAGACGACGGAGGGAUCAACUCAAUCACCACCGGCCUCUAUACAACGCUUUCUGCUUUCUUAGCUGAAUACACCGGUAACUCGACCUACACCAAUGCCGCGAUUCUCAGCGCGAAUUGGAUCAAGAACCACCAAAUCAAUGCAAAUAACAUUGUCCUCGACACCACCAGCGCCGAUUGUUCGACCGGGCCUGGACUUUACACCUAUAACAGCGGCAAGUAUAUCGAGGGACUGAGUGUUCUGGCAGCCGUCACCGGAGACUCUUCGUGGACUUCAUUAAUGAUCAAUAUCCUGAACUCUGCUGUCAAGUCGUCUGCAUGGCAAGGCUCCGACGGCAUUAUCACCGAAGGCUCCAGCCCUGGUGGCAAUAACGACGGUGUCGGUUUCAAAGCAAUCUUCAUUCGCGGCCUCCAUGAAGCCUGGACCCGCAACUCCCCCAACACCGCUCUCCUCACGCUUAUCCACAGCUACGGCGAUGUGCAAUACAAUGCGCUGCUCGAUCUGGCCGCGACCGGCAACACCUAUUCGUCCAACUGGCACGGUCCGCCUCAGGCAUUCACGACAUGGGGCCAACUUGCAGCGUUGGACGUGAUGACUUCAAAUAUUGACACCAAUUAG